UUUCAGCAUAUUAAAUUGACACAAUGGCAGACGACAGUGAAAACUUCGUAUUAACAGUUGAUAUUGGCACCACAACCAUCCGAUCAGUAGUUUAUGACUCAAAAUGCAAAGAACGCGGCAGUUAUCAAGAAAAGGUCAACACUAUCUACACGACGAGAAAUGAUGAUGAAGUGCUAGUUGAAAUUGAGCCGGAGCAAUUGUUUCUUCAGUUUUUGCGUGUUAUCAAGAAAGCUUAUGAAACACUCCCACCAAAUGCACACGUUGACGUUGGUCUUUGCACUCAGCGAAACUCAAUUGUCCUUUGGAACAAAAGGACACUAAAGGAAGAGACACGUAUAAUCUGCUGGAACGAUAAAAGGGCUAACAACAAAUGUCACAACUUGAAUAACUCGUUUCUUUUGAAGGCUCUGAAUUUGGCCGGCGGUUUCUUGCACUUUGUUACUAGAAAAAACCGUUUUCUCGCAGCACAACGCCUCAAAUUUCUGGGUGGCAUGGUGUCCCAUCGACUGAUGGUCACUAUUGAUAGAUCUGAAAAGCUGAAGCUAAUGAAGGCUGAUGGAGAUCUUUGCUACGGAUCUCUAGAAACCUGGCUACUUAUGCGGUCUUCAAAAUCUAAUAUACUUUGUGUAGAGGCUUCAAAUAUUUCUCCUUCAGGAAUGUUUGAUCCCUGGAUUGGUGCUUACAAUACUUUGAUCAUGAAAAUCAUUGGGUUUCCAACAGACAUGCUUUUUCCUAUCGUUGAUUCCAAUUUGAAAGACAUGAACAAACUUCCUAUCAUUGAUAGUUCUCAUAUUGGAAAAGAAUUUACCAUAUCCUCAAUUAUUGCUGAUCAACAGGCAGCAAUGUUUGGAUGCGGAACAUGGGAGCGAGGCGAUGUGAAGAUCACUUUAGGAACUGGUACAUUUGUCAAUGUUCAUACAGGAAAAGUUCCCUAUGCUUCAAUGUCAGGUCUAUAUCCACUCGUUGGAUGGAGAAUCAACGGGGAGACGGAUUUCAUUGCCGAGGGAAACGCUCAUGACACAGCUGUAAUUUUGCAUUGGGCUCAGUCGAUUGGACUCUUCAAUGAUGUGACGGAGACUUCAGACAUUGCUCUAUCAGUGAAUGAUUCCAAUGGAGUAGUGUUCAUCCCAGCAUUCUGUGGAAUUCAAACUCCAAUCAAUGAUGAGACGGCGUGUUCAGGAUUUAUGUGUAUCCGACCUGACACUACAAAAGUACACAUGGUCCGUGCAAUUCUGGAGUCAAUUGCUUUCCGUGUUUAUCAAAUCUACGCUGCUGCCGAGUCGGAGGUUAACAUUAACAAAAACUCUCCAGUCAGAAUUUGUGGAGGAGUUUCGAAUAACAAUUUUAUCUGCCAGUGCAUUGCUGAUCUUUUGGGACGUAAAGUCGAAAGAAUGACUGAUUCUGAUCACGUUGCUGCUCGCGGUGUUGCUCUUCUGACGGGAUUCUCCAGUGGAAUAUGGACUAAAGAAAAACUACGAGAGCUUGUUACAGUUGAAGACAUUUUCACACCUAAUUAUGAAUCUAGAAAAGGUCUACUAAAAACCUUUCAAACAUGGAAAAAGGCAGUUGAUCGAUGUCUUGGUUUUUAUCAUUGAUUCUACAACACAUAAUUACAAUUUUUCCGGGUAUUGCAUACAUAUCGGUUCAAUUAUGUGCUCAUACAAUGUUUUUGCUAUUUUAUUUCACUUAAUUUUACUUUAAUAUUUCUGCGAUUUUAUUUCGUUGUUUACUCUUAUUUGUCAUAUUUGUGUUAUCUCCCAGAGACUUGUUAAUUUUUAUUCAAUGAAAUAUUUUUAUUUUUAUCAUAAGAAUUUAC